AUGCGCGAGCCCGCGCCCGCGCCCGCGCCCGCGCCCGCUCCUAGGCCCCCGCCUGGGCAGGCCCCGGUGCAGGCGCCGCAGCUGCUGCCGCCGACGCAGGGCCAGCAGCAGCAGCAGCAGCAGCAGCAGCCGCAGCAGCCGCAGCAGCCGCAGCAGCAGCAGCCGCAGCAGCAGCAGCAGCAGCCGCAGCAGCAGCAGCAGCAGCAGCAGCCGCAGCAGCAGCAGCACGCGGCCGCUGCCGAACGCGCCCAGAUCCCCCCCCUCGCCGCUGCUGCCGCCGCGGCUCAGCGGAUCCUCCAGGCCGCCGCGCGGGAGGGCGGCGGCAGCAGCGCCGCGAUCGUGCUCGACGUCAUUGGCGCAGCGCGCGCCGCCACGCCCGCGCCCGCGCCCGCGCCCGCGAUCGCGCCGCCUGCAGCGGCCGCGGCUCAGGCGCAGGCGUCGUCGGCGGGGGGGCUGGACGGGGACGACGACUUAUUCGAGGAUGGGGACAGGAUGUUUGCGGAGGUGGACUCGUUUCUGGAGGAUUUCAUUGAGUUCCAGCCGCAGGACGCCGGCGGCGCUCCCGGCGGUGGCGGGGGCGGCGGCGGCGGCAAGGCUGGCAGCGGCGCGCACUGGCUGCCUGUGCCCAAGCGGCCGUUUGUGCAAGGGGACGCGUUGCUACAAGGCGCGGGGCAGCAGGCGCAGCAGCAGGUUCUGCAGCAGCAGUUGCUGCAACAGCAGCAGCAGCUGCUGAAUCGGCAGCAGCAGGAGCAGCAGGAACAGGGGCAGGAAGCUGCUUUGCCCUCCGGCGGCAAGGCCGGCGGCUGGUGGCCGGCGCCCGCACGGGGGCCGUCGUCGCCGGUGGUCCCUAUUGGCCAGAUGAUUCAGCCGCAGCAGCAGCUGUCUGCGCAGGCCGCCGCGCUCGGCCAGCUGCAGCAGUCACCGCAGCUGACCGCUGCGAGCGCAAUGGCCCCGUCGCCCUGCUUCGACGCCGCCGCCACCGCCGCCGCCGCCGCCCCUGGCCCCUCGGACGGCGCGGACGCGGCCGCCGCGGCGGGCGCGCCGGACGCGGAUGGGUGCGCGCUGCCGCCGCAGGUGCAGGCGGCCGUGCGGCAGCGGCUGGGGCAGCUGAUGGCACAGCAGGAGCACCAGAGGGCGACAGUGGAAAUGGAGCUGCGGGCUCAGAUGGCUCAGGUCCUUCACUCCAUGGCAUCCACCAAUGUCCCCGAGGCGCACCGCAACAAGAUGGGGCGAAUGCUCGAGGCGCGCCAGCGCGACAGGGUCGCGGCUUUGGAGGAAGAGCAUCAGCUGCAGCUGGUCCGCUUCAGGGACUCUGUCAAAGAGCUGCAGCGCCGCGCCGCCGCCCAGGCACGCGCCGCGGCCGCGGCCGAGGCCUCGGCGCCGGCCGCGGCCGCUGCCGCGCACGUGCAGGUGCAGGCGUGGGCGCCGCAGGCUCAGGCGCCUGAGGGCGGCGGCUCGUCGUGGCAGCUGCAGGGGACGGGGAGCGCGGCGCUGCCGCCGCUGCCGCCCGGCGGCACCGUAACGCAGCAGCAGCAGCAGCAGCAGCAGCAACAGCAGCAGCAGCAGCAGCAGCAGCAGCAGCAGCAGCAGCAGCAGCAGCUGAUGACCCAGCAGCUGCUGGCGUCGCAGAUGAUGGCGACCCACGGGAUGUCUGCCGACGCCGCCCAGGCGGCGGCCGUGCAGAUGGAGCAGCAGCAGGCGUUUGUGCGGCGCCAGAUGCAGCAGCGCCAGGGCUCGCUGCAGCUGCACCACCUGCAGCAGCAGCACCAGCAGCAGCACUAUCUAGUGGCCGGCGACGGCCUGGGCGGCGGCCACAGCCCCGGGUCCGACGACUCCGACGCCAUCGGCGGCGCGUGCGGCGGCGGCGCGGCCGCGGGCGGCGUCGGCGGCGCCGGCGGCGGCCUGGGGGCGAGCGACCAGACCCGCGUGCUGUUCGGCGGCCCCUUGGGCGGCGGCGGCGCGCCGCUCGGCUUCCAUGGCAGCGCGGCGUUUGGCGGCGGGGCGUUUGGCGGCCCCGCCGGCGGUGGCAACCGCGGCGUGGACAGCCCAGACGUGUUGAACAGCUGCGGCAGCAACGCGGCGGGCGCCGGCGGCCUGGGUGGGCCGCGGGGCCCGAUGGGUGGGGGCGGCUACCUGCCCACAGGCCUGUUCUCCGGCUAG